AUGGUAGCUAAAACACAUUCUUUGGGCGAGAAAUCACCCAAAAGUGAUCUUUCGUUCGAGAACGUGGAACAUCUGGCCACCGUUGAACAUGCUCCUGUUGUCCUUCUUAAUGAAGAUAUCUCUUAUGGUCGCGGUGGAAUCCGUAGCGUUAUCGAGUCUCCAUACAUUUUCGGUGUAGCUUUCUUGGCAUCCAUGGGAGGUUUCUCCUUUGGUUACGACCAGGGUGUCAUCUCAAUUGUCAACAUCAUGCCUCAGUUUCAUAAGGCAUUCCCUCGUACUGAAACUGCGUUUGGCAAAGGUCUCAUGACCGGGAUGUUAGAGUUGGGUGCCUUUAUUGGAUGUCUCUUCAUGCCUACUCUUGCCGACAAGAUCUCCAGAAAGAAGGCUCUUUCUAUUGUGGUUGUGAUUUUCAACAUCGGUGCUAUCAUGCAGACAGCUGCCAACUCUUAUGGUCUUCUCGUCGCUGGAAGAGCAAUUGGUGGCAUCGGUGUCGGGACGCUUGCAAUGGGAGCCCCAAUCUACAUAUCGGAGAUCGCCCCGCCUAACCUAAGAGGAACACUGCUUGUGCUGGAGUCUGUGUCCUGUGUUAUAGGUGUAGUGGUCUCUUUCUGGAUCACCUACGGGACACGUGAACUCGCUGGCGAGUUAUCUUUCCGUUUACCAUUCGGCCUACAGAUGGUGUGCAGCACUAUCCUUGGAAUCGGCAUCCACUUCUUCCCAUAUUCCCCACGCUGGCUCGCCCUCGUUGAUCGAUCCGAUGACGCCCACACAAACUUAGAACGACUUCGCCGACUACCCAGAACUGAUCCUCGUGUUCAGCAGGAGCAUGCUGGCAUCUGCAAUGAAGUAACAAUUCAGAAGCGUCAUCCGGGAGUCACAGGUCUCAAACUUGAGAUUCUUUGCUGGGGGGACCUCUUCAAGAAGAGCUCCUGGCACCGCACCUCUAUCGCCGUUGGAGUUGCCUUCUUCCAGCAGCUCUCUGGUAUUAACGCCUUCAUUUAUUACGCUCCGACCCUCUUUCAAUCACUGGGCCAGUCGACGGAGAUGUCUCUAAUUAUGUCCGGAGUGUUGAAUAUGUUGCAGCUUGUUGCAGUUACUGUCUGUUUUUUUAUCAUUGACAAGGUCGGACGACGACCAUUGGCCAUCUGGGGCGGCAUCGGAGGAGGUACUGCAUGGGGCAUCAUGGCCGUCCUUGUGGGCGUGUUCAAUGAGAAAUGGGGCUCUAACCCAGCUGCAGGUUGGACUGCUGUGGCUAUGGCAUUCUGCUUCAUUCUCAUUUAUGGAGUCUCGUAUGCACCUCUUGGCUGGGCACUUCCUGCAGAAGUCUUCCCUAACUCUUCUCGGUCUAAGGGCGUGGCUCUUGCAACAGCGACUGUCUGGCUCUUCAACUUUGUUGUCGGUGUUGCAACCCCACCUAUGAUCGAGAGCAUCGGUUUUGGCGUCUAUAUCUUUUUUGGAUCUUGGUGCUUUUUAGCUGCUGUCUGGGCUUUCUUCUUGGUUCCUGAAACUAAGGGAAAGACAUUGGAGCAGAUAGAUGAGGUCUUCAAUGACUAUGCGGCCCAGGAGGAGUUGAUGAUACUGAGGAGCUUACUUGAUGACUCCGCCAGUCUUGACUUGGGCCCCAAUGACCCGAUAUGGUUUGCAGACAUAACCAUAGACAACAUUGAGCAGCCGGAAGCGGUCAACAGUUCUCGCUUUCCUACGGAAGUACCAGGAUCUUUGUUCAUGCUACCAGAAAACGAAUCGCUGGAACAACAGCUAAGAGGCGCGAUAUGUCAACAUGCGCACAAAGAGUCCAAAGGCUUUCUACCUCUGGACAAAUUGAAUGAAAUAGUUACCGAAGACUCUGUAUCUGUUGCACUCAGAGAAUGCAUGCCGCAUUUAUCGCAUGACCAGGCACAAUUCCAUGCAAAGAUGAUUUGUCCAAGAUCUCAGCGAAAUCAUAUGGAACCAUCCUUUCGACGCAUCUUCGCUAUAUUAGCAAUGAUUCAGCAACCCCAAGAGGUCUUCGCGCUCAUGGACAACAACAUUACGGACUAUGACCUGCCUCUUGUCAAGGUUCCGGGGGAAAAGAAGGGCCGACAUGAACUGAGACGAAAGUUUCAGCCACAUAGGCCUUUGGAAUGUCUUCAUAAGUGGUCACCAUUCUUGAUAGACUCAUUUGAGGGGUGCCAGUGGAUGAUGAUGUCGCCGUUUUUCUCGUGGGAAGAUAAGCGGGCUGUGCGCACCUACUACCUCGCAGACCAAACUAUCCUCCCUUUCAUUGAGGAUUCCUCUCGUGACGUUGACAUGGAGGAUGAUGAGGAUUUCCAAGGAGGCCACGGCUCUAUCUUCAAGGUCAAGAUCCACCCAGCGCACCACAACUUCCAUCACAUUGCCGAAGCUCAUGACUCCGACUCUGCCUUUGCGGUUAAGCGCCUCCACUCUCGUAGUCGUGAGAUGUUCUCAAGAGAGGUAGAUGCCCUGAAGCGAUUGAGUGGCCAAAAACAUAUAGUUCCACUCCUUGCUACAUUUGAAUACAAGAACAGCUAUCAUCUUCUGUUUCCUUGGGCGAAUGCAAACCUACGACGAUACUGGGCCAUGUUCCCAAACCCUUCCAUCGAUCGCCGUUACGGGCUGUGGGUAGCGAAACAGUGCAAAGGCAUGGCUGAGGGAUUGAGUACCAUUCACGAGCCUCCGCCUGACCAAAGUGACGAUUAUGCCUACGAAGUUGCGUUGCAGCCAAGCCACCGGCAAUCGCAGUCGUCACAGUCCUAUGGCAGACAUGGGGAUAUCAAGCCAGAGAACAUCCUUUGGUUCCGGAACGGGCCCAACACUGAUAUUGGAGUCUUGGAGAUUGCUGAUUUUGGACUUACGCGCUUCCAUAACAGAAGAUCCCGGUCAAACAUCUCACCUGUUGGCAUGGGAAAUUCUCCAACCUAUCGCGCCCCAGAGUUUGACAUGCCUGAUGGACUAUUGUCGAGGUCUUACGAUAUAUGGGCUUUGGGAUGUGUUUACCUCGAGUUCCUCACAUGGUAUUUCAUGGGUUGGAAAGGCGUCACGGAGUUUUCCACUUUGAGAGAAUAUAAACGGAACAACCUCGAGGCUGACGAUGCCUACUUUGAGCUAACUGGGGCUCCAGAAACAGGCAACAUAUGCGGCAAGGUCAAGCCUGAGGUAGUCAAUUGGGUUGUAUUGUUGCAUCAACAUUCGGCUUGUUCGCCCUUUUUUCAUGACUUUCUCGAUCUCAUCAAGAACAGCAUGCUGGUUGUUGAAACUGAUGGUGAAGCCCCAGUCCGCAGAGCGACAGCAGCCGAGGAACGUCGUCUCCGUACAAGGAAACGGACCAGAACCGAGGCCGACUCGAAUGAAGUUGUUCGUGAUACACAACGAUGGUACGAGAUGUACAAGAUAAUCUUCCCCGGCGCUGAUAUACAGGCAAUAUCCCCAUAUAAUGAUUACAACCACGGAGCUUACACAGCGGUUGGCUCAUCGGAAACAAUCGCCGAUUACAGCAAGUUUAUAGAUGGAGGUAUUCCCUCGGAGGUUCAGAACAAAUUGCAGGCAACUAUCAAUCGGGAACUUGGAUGUAGUGAACUGGACGUCAGGAGAAUUAUUGACAUACUUCCCAUCCUGCAACAGACACUCUUACAGUCCUUCCAAAACCAGAAUGAUAAUUAA